UCAUUUGAUAGCAUCAACUUAUUACAAAGAAGAGAUAGUCAAUAGUAAUAGUGUUUUUAUCCUGCAGGUGGCACUAAGUACCAUCAUUCGCGUGUAAACUGCGAAAGACAAAACAGAAGAAUAAGAACUCCCCGGAACCAUGUUGUUCGACGGUUGGUUCGAGUCGGAACGUAAACAGUGAGGCACACCCUCAAAAUGUCUUGCACGAUACAUUGUCGCUAGUCGGUCAAGUUAUUUCUCCGUUCAGAGAAACAAAGGCCGAGCGCGGUGACGCGCAGCGGACCAGCAGACAUGAAACUGAGCCGCGCGCUGCGCAGCGUCGCCUCGUUCAGGGCCGCUUUCGACUUCGGUGGACGGGAAGUGGCUCAUUGGUUCCCCGGACACAUGGCUAAAGGACUCAGGCAGAUGAAAGCCAACCUCAAGAGUGUCGACUGCAUCAUAGAAAUCCACGACGCCAGAAUCCCCUUCUCUGGAAGAAACCCCGUGUUCCAGGAGUCUCUGGACGUCAGACCUCACCUCUUAGUUCUAAACAAGAUGGACCUCGCCGAUCUGUCCAGCAAGCAGAGAGUCCUGAAGAAGCUGGAAAAAAGCGGGGUGAGGAAUGUUCUCUUCACUGACUGUUUGAAGCAAAGAGAUGACAACGUAAAGAAGUUGGUGCCAAUGGUGGUGGAAAUCAUUGACAGCAACCCACGCUUUAACAGAGAUGAGAACACUAAUUAUUGCCUGAUGGUGAUCGGAGUGCCCAACGUGGGGAAGUCCUCUCUUAUUAACUCCCUGAGAAGAACAAACCUAAAAAAAGGUCGUGCAUCUCGAGUAGGUGGGGAGCCGGGUAUAACUAAAGCGGUCCUGACAAAAAUUCAGGUGUGUCAACGACCCAUAAUACACCUGCUGGACACCCCAGGAGUGUUGCCUCCUAAGAUCGAGAGCGUGGAGACGGGCAUGAAGCUGGCUUUGUGUGGAACUAUUCUGGAUCAUUUAGUGGGUGAAGACAUUAUUGCUGACUACUUACUCUAUUCUUUGAACAGACUAGGGAAGUUCAGUUAUGUGGAAAAAUAUGACCUUCAAGAGCCGAGCGAUGACAUCCAGCAUGUCCUCAAACGCAUCGCUGUAAGACUUGGAAAGACCCAACGGGUCAAAGCCAUUACUGGAGUGGGAAAUAUCACCAUCACCGUCCCAAACUACUCAGCAGCAGCUUACGAUUUCAUUAGAACCUUUAGGAAAGGAGAGCUGGGGCAAGUGAUGCUGGACUGACAUUUUAAUGAAGACAACCAGAGACUGUUUUGGGGUUUUACCUGUUUGUUCUCAACCUGGAAGAAUUCAUAUUUAGCUUAGACAUGACUUGGUCCUAAGUCACGUCCAUAUAUGACCUCAUGUUUUUGAAUAUUUAUGUUUCUGGGUGAUGUAAAAAGCACUGAAUCCUUUGCAAAUAAAAUGAUCCCACUUCA